ACUGAGUUUGGAAUGCAAAAUGCUUAAAAAAAAAUAAAAUAAAAUAAAAUAGAAUGCGAAGUGCAAAUACCAAAAUAAUUUAGGAUGCACUGAUAAAUAAUAUUAGGAUACAUUGAUGUCAACAAUGUAUUUCCUAAUUUACUAACAUUCCUAUUGCCACUUUAUCAAAGUUGCAAACAAAAGUUUGUGGUUGAACCAUGUGGGCGACAGCGGCGCCUUUCUCUUGCUUUGCUAGCUCUAAACUCUCCCUUCCAGCCUCCCCGACAUAUCGUAGUGAGUGCAGCUCUUUGAAGAUCAGAGCAUCUUUCUUCGAUUAUCCUCUUGCAAGCAGAAUCAUGGUUAGAAAUUUACCAUAUUCAACUAGCGAAAAUUGUUUGCAUGAUAAGUUUUCGAAGUUUGGCAGGAUAGCAGAAGUUAAACUUGUUAAGGAUGAAAAGACAACAAGGUCAAGAGGGUUUGCCUUUAUUCAAUUUAGGAGUCAAGAUGAGGCUAUGCUUGCUUUGGAAAAUAUGGAUAAUCAGGGUGAUUUAUAUAGAAAUAGCAAAACCAGGGAGACAUGCUUUUGGAGGAUAUCCAAGAGCCUCUGGUCGACCAAAUCAACAGCAUUUACAGGUUCAAGAGGACGUAUCAGACUGCUGGUACUAAUUAAAAACAACAUUUUAGCUACAGGAUAUAUAUAUAUAUAUAUAUAUAUGUAUAUGGUACUGUUUUCUGUUUGGUGUAGCAAUGAAAAGUUGAUUCAUUAAUAAAUUUAUUUAUUGUUUUUC